UUAUGCACCAAACUAGAGCUGUAGACUUGCGAAAGAGGGCGAUAAAUGUUGAUGUCCCAUUCCAUUCCCUUUUGAUCUCGUACAUGAGCACACACAUGUUCCCGCCGUUAUUUUCUGUGGAACAUCAGUAAAAAUGAAUGGACUGCUGGCAUGAGUGCUGGUCCACGUAGAGGAUGAAAACCUAUUACAGCUGUCACUUACUCUAUUAACUCAAGUGGCAGAGGUCUAUCCAGUGCAUCUAAAGUUUCCAGCCUGUUGAUAACCCAUAUUUUACUGUUCCUUAGGCUGUAUCAAUGGAGCACAUUCAGGGAGCUUGGAAGACCAUCAGUAAUGGUUUUGGAUUCAAGGAUUCUGUCUUUGAUGGAUCAAACUGUAUUUCACCUACUAUUGUUCAGCCAUUUGGCUCUCAACGCCGAGCAUCUGAUGAUGGCAAGCUCUCAGAUAUGUCUAAGACUAAUAAUACCAUUCGGGUUUUCUUGCCUAACAAGCAACGCACAGUGGUAAAUGUGCGGAAUGGGAUGACCCUACAUGAUUGUCUUAUGAAGGCGCUCAAAGUCAGAGGUCUGCAGCCAGAAUGCUGUGCAGUUUUUCGACUUUUUAAUGAACAAAAAGGCAAAAAAGCACGCUUGGAUUGGAAUACAGAUGCUGCCUCCUUGAUUGGAGAGGAACUGCAAGUAGAUUUCCUUGAUCAUGUUCCACUUACAACACACAACUUUGCUCGGAAGACAUUUCUAAAGCUUGCCUUCUGUGACAUAUGCCAGAAGUUCCUGCUAAAUGGGUUCCGGUGUCAGACGUGUGGCUACAAAUUCCAUGAACACUGCAGCACUAAAGUCCCAACUAUGUGUGUGGACUGGAGCAAUAUCAGGCAACUCUUAUUGUUUCCUAAUUCAAAUAUCAGUGACAGUGGUGUCCCUGCACUACCUCCCUUGACAAUGCGACGGAUGCGUGAGUCUGUCUCCCGGAUGCCUGUUAGUUCCCAGCACAGAUAUUCUACGCCUCAUGCCUUCACAUUCAACACAUCACAUCCUUCCUCUGAGGGCUCCCUUUCCCAAAGACAGAGAUCUACAUCCACCCCAAAUGUCCAUAUGGUCAGCACUACCAUGCCUGUAGACAACAGGAUAAUUGAGAACAACAGCUUGAAUGCUUCUCCCAGUUCCUGGUGCAGACGAUUUUGUUUGAGGGGAAGAGAUGCAAUUCGAAGCCACGGUGAGUCAGCUUCACCGUCAGCUCUAUCUGGAAGUCCCAACAAUAUAAGCCCAACUGGCUGGUCUCAACCCAAAACCCCAGUGCCAGCCCAGAGAGAGAGAGCUCCUGGAUCCAACACACAAGAAAAAAACAAAAUUAGGCCUCGUGGACAGAGAGAUUCAAGUUAUUAUUGGGAAAUAGAAGCAAGUGAAGUUAUGCUCUCGACCAGAAUAGGGUCAGGUUCUUUUGGAACGGUUUACAAAGGCAAAUGGCAUGGAGAUGUAGCAGUGAAGAUACUAAAGGUUGUAAAUCCAACCCCAGAACAGUUUCAGGCCUUCAGAAAUGAAGUGGCUGUAUUAAGGAAGACCCGGCAUGUUAACAUUUUGCUGUUCAUGGGCUACAUGACUAAAGACAAUCUGGCUAUAGUUACGCAGUGGUGCGAAGGAAGCAGUCUGUAUAAGCACCUGCAUGUACAAGAGACCAAGUUCCAAAUGUUCCAGCUCAUUGAUAUUGCCCGACAGACAGCACAAGGAAUGGACUAUUUACAUGCAAAGAAUAUCAUCCACAGAGACAUGAAAUCAAAUAAUAUAUUUCUUCAUGAAGGCCUCACAGUGAAAAUAGGAGAUUUUGGUCUGGCAACAGUAAAAUCCAGAUGGAGUGGAUCUCAGCAGGUGGAGCAGCCGUCUGGUUCAAUCCUCUGGAUGGCACCAGAGGUGAUCCGGAUGCAGGAUAAUAACCCAUUUAGUUUUCAAUCAGAUGUCUACUCCUAUGGAAUAGUAUUAUAUGAACUGAUGACAGGAGAACUGCCAUACUCCCAUAUUAACAACAGAGAUCAGAUCAUUUUUAUGGUUGGUCGAGGUUAUGCAUCUCCAGAUCUCAGUAAAUUGUACAAGAACUGUCCCAAAGCUAUGAAGAGGCUUGUAGCAGAUUGUGUGAAGAAAGUUAAGGAGGAAAGACCUCUAUUUCCACAGAUACUGUCUUCCAUUGAAUUGCUGCAGCAUUCUUUACCCAAAAUCAACCGUAGCGCUUCUGAACCUUCUCUGCAUCGUGCAGCCCACACAGAGGACAUCAAUUCAUGCACAUUAACAUCCACAAGACUACCUGUUUUUUAGGAUUGCACGCUCUCUCCCUUGCUCUAACCAGUAAUGAGAAAGAAAAACAGUCAUAGCAGUUGUGCUUUUAAUGCCUCAAUCUACAGGAUUGCAAUGCCAGCAGGAUUAUCUGUCUCCCAGUUUUAAGAACAAGCUGCUAAGGAUUUCUACAGUUUUAAUCCUACAGGGACAUUUCUCCACAUUGCCUUUUUCUACCAUUUCUUUUAUUGGGAUAGAGUUAACUGAGACUGUAAUCAAGAAAAUCUAUUACUAUUUUUUUAAUAGAUGCACUUGAGCCUUAUUUUCCCAUAAGCAGAAAAAAUGGACAUUUCUUUGGCAGUUUUUGUGUCUUUGAUUCUGUUUAAUAAAUUGGUAUUUUUAUAGCAAGGCUGGUUCAGCAUUUGAGGAAAGAAAUAUUGCAGAUUGGUACUGUUCUUUGGAUGUCCCAUGCCAUGUGCCACUGUAAAGUUGGGGGAUUUUGACUAAAAUGGCCAUCUACAAACAAGACUGAUGAAAGAAGAAAAAACGAAUUCUGGUGAUCAGCUUCUGCAAAGAGUACUCAUGAAGCAGAUGAAAUCUGUUAUAAUGAAUUGCUAAGUCAACACAAAUAUAGUUUUGCACAUAGAAGAAAAAGUUCUGCAGAGGAGUGGAAUAUAUUCUGAAUAGUACUGCUCAGAGAAGGAAGCUAGCACAAUCUUGCUAUGGUCCUCUCCAGUAACUUAAGAAGCUUUUUUUGGUACUAUUGACUUGUUUCUUACAGCCCAAUGAGGUAUCAAGUGCGGAAUGACAGGCUUUUUUGGAUGAGGAAAGGCUAAGUAACAUUAUCAGUAUAUUUCUGCAAAACACGCAGCAACUUCAACCCAUUUGAAGCUGUCUUCCGAGAGAUGCACUAUAAAAGAGGAAACUGAGUGUAUACAGUUUUUCUUUCUGAUUUGGGUUUUAAUUUUGUUUUUAUUGCUCCCGAGAAAAUGCCUUUAUUGUAAACCAAGGUUCCUCUGAUUAUCUUAUUUUAAUAAAAUAAAUUAAAUUUAGGUUUAA